AUGUGUCCUUCAUACUAUUUGUCAGAGGAAGAGCAGAUCAGAGAGGCAGAUGAACUGGAGAUCAAGUCUGUGUUUGAGGGGAUUGCUAAAGCAGGAAGUCCAACCCAUCUGAACCAAAUCUACACAGAGCUCUACAUCACAGAGGGAGGAACUGGAGGGGUCAAUGAUGAACAUGAGAUCAGACAGAUUGAAACAGCAUCCAGGAAACCACAUAGAGAAGAAACAAUAAUCAAACAAGAAGACAUCUUUAAAAUCCCACCUGGAAGAGAUCAACCAAUCAGAACAGUGAUGACAAAGGGAGUGGCUGGCAUUGGGAAAACAGUCUUAACACAGAAGUUCACUCUGGACUGGGCUGAAGACAAAGCCCACCAGAACAUCCAGUUCAUAUUUCCAUUCACCUUCAGAGAGCUGAAUGUGCUGAAAGAGAAAAAGUUCAGCUUGGUGGAACUUGUUCAUCACUUCUUUACUGAAACCAAAGAAAUCUGCAGCUUUGAACACUUCCAGGUUCUGUUCAUCUUUGAUGGCUUGGAUGAGAGUCGACUUCCUCUGGACUUCCACAACAAGGAGAUCCUGACUGAUGCUACAGAGUCCACCUCAGUGGAUGUUCUGCUGACAAACCUCAUCAGGGGGAAACUGCUUCCCUCUGCUCUCCUCUGGAUAACCACACGACCUGCAGCAGCCAAUCAGAUCCCUCCUCAGUGUGUUGACAUGGUGACAGAGGUCAGAGGGUUCAAUGACCCACAGAAGGAGGAGUACUUCAGGAAGAGAAUCAGAGAUAAGGAGCAGGCCAACAGGAUCAUCUCCCACAUGAAGACAUCACGAAGCCUCCACAUCAUGUGCCACAUCCCAGUCUUCUGCUGGAUCACUGCUACAAUUCUGGAGGAUGUGAUGGAAACCAGUGAGGGAGGAGAGCUGCCCAGAACCCUUACUGAGAUGUACAUCCACUUCCUGGUGGUUCAGACCAAAAUGAAGAAGGUGAAGUAUGAGGGAGGAGCUGAAACAGAUCCACAUUGGAGCCCAGAGAGCAGGAAGACGAUUGAGUCUCUGGGAAAACUGGCUUUUGAUCAGCUGAAGAAAGGAAACCUGAUCUUCUAUGAAUCAGACCUGACAGAGUGUGGCAUCGAUAUCAGAGCAGCCUCAGUGUAUUCAGGAGUGUUCACACAGAUCUUUAAAGAGGAAAGAGGGCUGUACCAGGACAAGGUGUUCUGCUUCGUCCAUCUGAGUGUUCAGGAGUUUCUGGCUGCUCUUCAUGUUCAUCUGACCUUUAACAACUCUGGGGUCAACCUGAUGGAAGAAACACAAACAUCUACAAUGUCUUUGAAAUAUAAGAUUUUAGAAACAAAGUCCCUCUACCAGAGAGCUGUUGAUCAGGCCUUGCAAAGUCCAAAUGGACACCUGGACUUAUUCCUACGCUUCCUCUUGGGACUUUCACUGCAGACCAAUCAGAGACUCCUACAAGGUCUGCUGACACUGACAGAAAGUAGCUCACAGACCAAUCAGGAAACAGUUCAGUACAUCAAGGAGAAGAUUAGUGAGAAUGUGUCAGCAGAGAAAAGCAUCAAUCUGUUCCACUGUCUGAAUGAACUGAAUGAUCGUUCUCUAAUGGAGGAGAUCCAACAGUCUCUGAGGUCAGGACGUCUCUCCACAGAUGAACUGUCUCCUGCUCAGUGGUCAGCUCUGGGUUUCAUCUUAGUUUCAUCAGGAGAAGAUCUGGAUGUAUUUGAUCUGAAGAAAUACUCUGCUUCAGAGGGGGUUCUUCUGAGACUGCUGCCAGUGGUUAAAGCCUCCAACAAAGCUCUACUGAGUGUCUGUAACCUCUCAGAGAAAAGCUGUGAAGCUCUGUCCUCAGUUCUCAGCUCCCAGUCCUCCAGUCUCAGAGAACUGGACCUGAGUAACAACAACCUGAAGGAUUCAGGAGUGAAGCUUCUCUCUGCUGGACUGAGGAAUCCAAACUGCAAAUUAGAAACUCUCAGCUUGUCAGGCUGCCUGAUCUCAGAGGAAGGUUGUGCUUCUCUGGCCUCUGCUCUGACCUCUAACCCCUCCCAUCUGAACGAGUUGGACCUGAGCUACAAUCAUCCAGGAGACUCAGGAGUGAAGCUGCUGUCAGCUGCACUGAAGGAUCCACAUUGGAAACUGAAAGCUCUCAGGAUGGAGCCUGCUGGAGUCCAAUGGCUGACACCAGGUCUGAGGAAGUAUUCUUGUGAACUCACCAUUGACACAAACACAGUGAACAUCAGCCUCAAACUGUCUGAGGACAACAGGAAGGUGACACGUUUGAAGGAGCUUCAGUCAUAUCCUGAUCAUCCAGACAGAUUUGAUCCUGCUCAAUUACUGUGUAGAACUGGUCUGACUGGUCGCUGUUACUGGGAAGUUGAGAGGAGAGGAAAUGUUGACAUAUCAGUGAGUUACAGAAGAAUCAAGAGGAAAAGAGACUGUUGGUUUGGAUGGAAUGAUCAGUCUUGGUGUCUGAGAUGCUUUAAAGGUGGUUAUACUGCCUGUCACAAUAACAAAGCAACCAACAUUUCCUCCUCCUCUUCCUCUGUCUCUAACAGAGUAGCAGUGUAUGUGGACUGGCCUGCUGGCAUUCUGUCCUUCUACAGUGUUUCCUCUGACUCAUUGAUCCACCUCCACACCUUCAACACCACAUUCACUGAACCUCUGUUUCCUGGAUUUUGGUUCAGUGUUUAUUCCUCAGUGUUGCUAUGCUGAGUUGAGCCUAAAGAGUCUCCUCCUGUCAGAGGAACAUUGUCACUCUUGAACAAAUAGUUCAGUCUCUAUUUUUCUCUUUCACUCAGAAAGACAUUUUUCAGAUUUAUGGAUUCUGUUGUUUUUUUAAACUCUUCUAAAUAAUUCCUUGAAAACUUCUUCUUCUUCCAGUCCUUUAAAGAUGGAAGCUGGUAUUAUUCCAGGAUCUACAUGCUGUUAUUCUAUUUGUUUCCAGUCCUGAAUGUCAGGAUGUUGUGUUUCUCUCUUGGUGUUUUCCUUUCAUUCAUGAUUCAGAUUUAAUUGAAAUGUUGGGCAGUUUUUCUCAAUCACUGGACAUUACCUGUUUGUGUUGGCUCCUAUUUCUCUAAACAUCUUUUUUUUUUUAAGCUAAAAGGUAGUUUUGUGUCACCUGCAAUGAAAAAACUUCCACAUGUUUUAAAUCUGAAUUUAAAUUUCUAAUUAAUGUUUGACAUUUCUGGAAGCUGCUAACAUUUAGAAUUAUGUUUCCUUUUCUUGUAAACUUGACAUUUCUGCUGUUUUAAAAGGUGAUCAUUAAGAAAGCUGUCAAGCAUUCAUAAUGCUUCACAGCAUUAUUAUGUGAGGAUAAAAUGUGUUCUUAAAAUAUUAUGUACAUUUUUGAAUGUUCCUUUUGUUGUAGCUCAGUUGAUUUACAUUAUUUAGUUUUCAUAGAAAUGGUGUCAUUUCCAGACCAAGUUAAAUUGUGGCUGUAAUAUGUUGAAGAGGGAGAGUAGAACCAAUAAAGUAGUGUAAAUAUAUUGUAACAGUGUUGUUUAACAAUUGAAUAACCUUGUUUUAAGAAUUUCAAAUACAAGCAAAGUUAAUAACUUGCAAUAUUUUAUGUGUGUAAAUACAAUGUUUCCUGUACUUUUUGAACAAUGGCUUGAGCCAUGCCCCGUGUCCUCCAGACUUUUUCAAAAAGGGGCCCUUUUUGCUCCUAAAUGUACACUUUUUGGGUGCUCACCCUAAAUAGGGUUUGAGUUUUGCCAGUGUAAAUCCUGAAUGUAAUGGUGCAACAACUGGUUGAUUCUGCCAAAACAAAAAUUUUCACUCCCCACUUUGUCAAUUUGUCCUUCAUGUACUGAGUGAUGGCAGUUUUUGCUUUAGUUCCCACCAUUCUUUCAUCCACAGCCAGGUCUAUUCUUGGGUGGAAAUAAGCCUGGGAGGCAAAGAGGAUCUCAUCGUACAGAGGCCUGAUUCUAAACAGCUUGUCAUGUCCAGGUGUUCCUUUUUAUCAUUCUGUUCGUCUUCCUCUGGAUCACUAAGGUGAAUGUUCUGAAAUAUUGAUCUGAACAUCACUUUUUGAGGAAGAGGCACAGACAAAAAAAAUUGUUUUGCUUCCAAUAGUCCUGAAGACUGGGCAGUGAAACCAAAGACAUAUAGAUCAGGAGACCAAAAAAUUUGUAUAGAUCUUAUACUUCAAUGUAAUUCAAUCUGUACUUUUUCCCUAAUUAUUUAUUUUUUGCUACAUUUUUGUUUGAGUUGUGGCAAAUUGUUAUCACUCAGUGGCAAAAUGUAAACUCAACU